AGAAACAGAGUAGUACAAGUUCUCCACGCACAAUCAUAUAAAUCAGUUUUCAUGCUAUCCUCAACAGAAGAUAACUGGAGAUACUAUGAUGCUCUUUCUUUCACCCAACAGCCAAGACAGGUACUUUCCAGUGCAUUAACUAAAGCUACCCAAUGGGCCUAAUGGGCUUUCUUAUUGCAGCACAAAGAAAGACUCUCAUCGUCUUCCAACUCUCGAGAUGAUGCCCUACAAAGUCUUCUCUCUCUGCUACGCUAUCUUCUUCUUUCGAUCUAGUACAGAAGCUACAGUUUAUCAAUGCAUUCCCUUUCGUUUCCAUCUUCUUCUUCAUCCCUUCUAUCUUCUCUGCUUGCUUUCAACUCUUCACGUCUUCUCUCUUUGCAACCAAAGAAACUAACUCGUCUUCAAAGUCACUACCUUUCUCCUAAACUUUCCACUAAACAGUCUGAUGCGUCUCGUCACAGAGCGUUUUCUGUUUCCUCCUCUUCCCCACCAGAGGAAACAGUCUCCAUGGUCGAUUUCCACGAGAAAGACUGGUCCUUUCUCGAAUCCAUGGAAACCGAACAGACCCAGAAGCUCGAAAAGAUCAUAAAGGCUGGAGAAGUAACAGAGUCUUCGAGGGUUCUGGUCUCGUUUAGCUCAGAAGCGUUCGUUGACCGUCUGGUGGAGUCUUCGCCUUCCCAGCUCUUGCUUAUAGUCCACGACUCCCUUUUCAUGUUGGCCUGCGUCAAAGAGAAAUACGACAAAGUCAAAUGCUGGCAAGGAGAGUUUAUCUAUGUUCCUGAGAAAUGGGCUCCUUUAGAUGUCGUGUUUCUCUACUUUCUUCCGGUUUUGCCUUUUGGUCUGGACGAGGUGUUCAAGACACUGUCUCAACGUUGUUCUUCAGGUGCACGAGUAGUAAUCAGUCACCCGCAAGGUAGAGAGGGCUUGAAGCAGCAAAGGAAGGAGUUUCCAGACGUGGUUGUCUCUGAUUUACCUGAUGACUCCACAUUGAAGAGUGUUGCUAAGAAGCAUUCGUUUGAGUUAACUCAGUUCGUUGAUGAACAAGGACUUUACCUUGCUGUUCUUACCUUCUCCAAACAAUAGAUUCUGUUCCUGUUGUCUUUGUAAUGAAAUGCACGAAUCAUUUUUGAGCAAAUCAGAACCUUUUUGAAAAGAUAAAUAAUUAUGUAAAGAAACU